AGUUUCCCCUGCUUUCAGUUAUACAGUACAUGUUUUUACACUAAAUCUGCACCUAGAUAAUUGCCAAACUGAAAUUGUUGCAGUCGUAGUUUACAGUAGAUCUUUCACCAAGGUAGAAGAAAAAUGGCGAGAGCAAAAAUCGUUAUAGAUACAGAUUGCGGAGUAGACGAUGCUUUGGCACUGAUGCUAGCUUUUAGCAGGAGCGAUCUAUGUGAAGUUUUGGCAGUUACAUGUUGCCACGGUAAUACGAUUGUGGAUAAUGUAUGCGAUAAUGUGUUGCGAGUAUGCGAGGCAUGCGAUAUAAAGCAGUUAGACAUUUUCCGCGGAUGUCAUCGGCCUCUAAUCGAUCGUCCGUGCCCUGAAGACUUCUUUGGUGUUGAUGGAUUCGGUAAUAAAUCGUCAGAAUUUCCGAAAUCUUCAAUAGGUAUUAAAGAAGAACACGCCGUUCAUGCUCUGAUACGUUUAGCUAAAGAGUAUCCGAAAGAGAUUAGUGUCGUUGCCAUUGCCCCUUUGACAAAUCUAGCUCUGGCACAACGCAUUGAUCCGACCUUCUUCGCUAACUUGAAAGAGAUAUGCAUUUUGGGAGGAAACGUAGAUGCCAUCGGAAAUGUUACAACUGCUGCAGAAUUUAACUUUUUUGCUGAUCCCGAAGCUGCUUAUAUUGUUUUGUCAGAAGAAGCGAAUUUUACGAUAAUUCCUUGGGAAACGUGUGAGAAAUCCAAAAUGAAUGACGUAACAAAGUUUUUCCUUUUAAUUUUCAUUAAAAAUUCGAUAAUUAUAAUUUAUUUUUAUUCUAAAAUUUAAGAAUAUAUUUCUGAU